AUGGCAGACCAAAAUCCAGCACUCCCACAACCAGAUUUUGAUCGUCUGAAUCAAUCCACCCAAGUCUUCGCUGAAGAAACAGCAAAACUCAGAAACAUUCCUUCGUUGAGUCAAAGCAAUGAAAUUCUAGACACUCUGCGUCAGUUCAAUGCCCAAUUCACUCAGAUCAACAACAGACUCGACCAGGUCAAUGUCCAAUUCACUCAAGUCAAUACCAGACUCGAUCAGGUCAAUGCCCGAUUCAAUCAGGUCGAUGACCAAUUCAAUCAGGUCAGUAAUCAAUUCAAUCAGGUCAAUAAUCAAUUCAAUCAGGUCAAUAAUCAAUUCAAUCAGGUCAAUAAUCAAUUCAAUCAGGUCAACGAUCGACUCAAUCAGGUCAAUAAUAGACUCAAUAGGCUAGAUACAAACUUGAGCAAUCUUCGGACUGAGAUUCGGGCCAGGGACAGCAACUCCAUUGCUCGAGUUCAGAACGCCCAUCUCGUCAAGGACUCCGACACUCUUUUACCUCUUGUCAAUCCGGAAACUGGUGAUGACGCCCAAGGAUUUCCUGCAAAGCCUAGAGAUAUUCAGGGGAUGACGACCGGGGCGCUCAGUGCUCUCUUACUCAGCUUGGGACAAUCCGAUGAUGGAAAUAAACCCCAGAAGAUCAGAAGAUUGAGAAGAUUCGUUGGCCUCCAGGAAACGCCAGUCCAUACCUAA